UUGUCGGCGGCGCCCGGUACCGUCGACGGCGGCCGCGGAUCAGCCAGUGGAGUACAACUACAGAGAAGGUGAACAUCAGGCAGGAGCUAGCGUUGGGGUUAUUUUUUUCCAUCUUUAACAUCAAAGCACGGCCACCGUCCUAACAACCAAAUGGCGGAACAAGUCGGCGAAAGGAGGCCUGAACGGCAGCAAAAGCCCGUGACGCAAAAGCCGGUCAUAUCUGUGAAGGUAACUGGUGUAGUCAAAUGGUUCAACGUCAAAAGCGGCUAUGGCUUUAUCAACCGUAAUGAUACAAAAGAAGAUAUAUUUGUUCACCAGUCUGCUAUAAUCAAAAACAACCCGAAAAAAAUAGUAAGAAGUGUUGGUGAUGGAGAAACAGUUGAAUUUGAUGUUGUUGAAGGUGAAAAAGGUCAUGAAGCUGCUAAUGUUACUGGACCAGAAGGAGAAGCUGUCAAGGGAUCUCCUUAUGCUGCUGAAAGAAGAAGAAGUAAUUAUCGCCAAUGGUUUUAUGGACGUCGUCCUAACACUCGUGGUAGGAAUGGUGGCCAACCUCCAAGAGAUGGUAGUGCUGGUGGCGAAAAAGAAGAUGCAGAAAAUGAAGUAGGAGAUCAGCAAAGACGGUUCCGCCAACCACGUCAACAAAAUUGGUAUAACAGCUAUCGUGGAAACCGAAGAGGUCCACCUCCAAAUAGAGGAGAAGGUGGUGAAUACAAUGGUGGAGAUAACUAUGGAUAUGAUAGUUCUCCUCCUGGUGGUAGAGGUAGAGGUCGUGGUAUGGGUGCUCCCAGGCGUUUCUAUAGGCGUGGUGGUGGAUAUAGAGGUAGCCGUGGUGGUACUGGUGGUCCACCCCGAAGACCAUAUCAAGAUGAAAAUCAGGAAAAUGAAUAUAACAACCAAAGUGACGAAAAUGGAGCUAACAGACCCCGUCCUCGUUACCGUCGCCGCAAUAAUCGUUCACGUGCAAGAAGUGAUGGUCCUCCAAGAGCCAAUAGCCAAAGUGACAAUGAAUCCAAACAAAAGAAUUUUGGAGGUGAAACUUUGGAACUGGAUGAAAGUAGCCACGCUUAAACAUCAGAUUAAUCUGCGAACAGUAUAUUUAUCAUAGAAUCUUGUUUUAAUUUUCUCUUACGCAUUUGUGUUUUUCAUGUAUCUAAUCUUGAACGUUUUAUUUGUUCCACUCGCCACGGUUAUGACUUGUAUAAGUUCUACAAUAAUCAAUUUGGUUUUUUGAUUGCCUACAUCUUUUGAUAUGUAUUAACUCUUCUAUUAAAACCCAAUCAAGACCUGGGUCAUUGGUUAUCUUGCUUGA